AUGUUCAUUUUUGUUUUGAUAAUACUUCUUAUAAUUGAUUCCAUUCAAUUGGUAACUGCACAAGACUGUGGUCCUAAUGAAAUCAAAGUUGAUUGUGCUUCAUCAUCAUCAUGUCAACCAUCUUGUAGAAAACCUAAUGGAGUACUUUGUCCACGUAUUUGUGAUCUAAAUUCAUGUGUAUGUAAGGAUGGUUUUGUACGAGACGAUGAGCAUGAUCUAGAAUGCAUUGAACAAACACAGUGCAAUACAGAUAACACUAGACUUUCAUCACAAUGUGGUCUAAAUGAGGUAGCUAUUGAUUGUGCACCACUUCAGACAUGUCAACCUUCAUGUGAUAAUCCUGAUGGAACUAUAUGCCCUCGUAUUUGCAGAAAUGUAACGAAAGCUCCAAUGUGUAGUGAGAAUGAAGAAUAUAGCAAUUGUACGAAUCCAUGUCAACCAUCAUGUGAAGAACCGAACCGAGAACCUUGCGAAACGUUACGUUGUUCAGAAGGUUGUGUAUGUAGUCAAGAUUAUCUUCGUACUACAAAUGAUAUGUCAAGUCCAUGCAUAAAAUGUACGAAUUAA